GGAGAAGCCCGAUUAGGUAAGUUGGAUUGGACACUAAGCUAGGCACAUAUAGUAUAGCAUGUACACUACCAAAAACUAGCUCAUCCCUACUGUAGUCUAGAUUACCGAUAACAGAUUUUUGGAGACUUCCAGGGAAAGAAAAAAAUUAAGAUCGUUCGGACCUUCACAUGAAAACAUCUUCAUCAGCGCUCACGCACCAUAUCGUCUACGCCCCGUAGACAGACAAGAUGGCUGAGACUGCGCAGGACUCGUCGCGUAUCUUUGUCAAGAAUCUCCCUCCCACCAUCACACAGGCUGAUUUCGAGGCUCAUCUGCGCAAACAUUUCUCAAAUGGCCAUAUCACCGACAUAAAGCUCAUUCCCCAGAGGCGCAUUGGAUAUGUCGGCUACAAGUCAAAUGACGAGGCCAAACAGGCCGUCACCAAGUUCCAUAGAUCCUUCAUCCGCAUGUCCAAGGUGUCUGUAGAGCUAGCAAGGCCUAUUGCCGAUCCAUCGCUGCCGAACCAACGAUUCCAAGCCAGGACCGACAGGCCCAUUUUCCCCGGAACGACGAAGAGCGACCAAGCAGACACACAGCCCGCGGAACUCAAUCAGAAGAAAAGGAAACUCAACGAGACCGACGAGUCGGACCCGAAACUACAGGAAUACCUCGAUGUAAUGCAACGGAAUCCGGCCAAGAAGCCCCGUGAAGAGGAACAUCUACAGCCCGAACAACCCCCCGUCGUUGAGGCCGAGUCUGACGACGAGUAUGAGGAGGUCCCAAGUCGAAAGGCGAGACUAAACUCCCGUGCCACGGCUCCCCAUACUACGACAUCAGUGCCACCAACGGAUUCGCACGCUCCCGAGAAGCGGGAGAGCCAGUCUACGCACCAUCUUGGUCAUGGCGAGGGGCACGUGGAGCCAGAACCUAUGGAUUUGGAUGAUGCUGGCAAUGCAGAGAACCAAGCCGCCCCGGCAACCGAUGACGACUGGCUACGAUCGCGGACGAACCGCCUGCUAGACCUUGUAGAUGCCGACGAAGUGCCCAUUGAGAAUACCAUGCCUGAGUCUGCGCCAGGAGAAAGAAAGAAGUCUAUACCAGUCGAGCUCCCACCUCGGGAGGAGGAGGAGGAGGAGAACGCUGCCGCGGACCAGGCAAGCAAAGAACCCGCUUCGAAGCAGGAAGUGACAAAACCAAAAGAGUCAGCUGUCGAUACCGUCCACAAGACCGCGCGGAUCUUUGUCCGCAACCUCCCGUACACUGCAGAUGAGGCAGAGCUGCGCGAGUUUUUUGGCGCCUUUGGCGAAAUAGAAGAGAUUCAUGUGCCCGCAAGUAGUGGCAACGCCAACAACCAAGGAAUUGCCUUUGUUUCAUACGUUGAUUCCGAUGAUGCCGUAAAAGCAUUCCAACAAGCCGACGGCGCAACGUUUCAAGGCCGAAUGAUUCACGUACUCCCAGGUUCAGCAAAGCGAGAACAGCUUGACGAAUAUGAACUGUCCAAGCUUCCUCUAAAAGUACAGAACAAGAUUCGGAAAAAAGCCAAGGCUGGCCAGGCGUUCAAUUGGAACUCACUGUACAUGAACCAGGAUGCUGUACUAACCUCAACAGCCGACCGUCUGGGUGUCAGCAAAUCAGAGCUCCUGGAUCCCACCAAUGCCGAUGCAGCCGUUAAGCAAGCUCUUGCAGAAACUUCAACAAUACAGGACACGAAAGCAUAUUUCCUCGCAAAUGGUGUGGAUUUGGAAAGCUUCAAAUCAGGCCAAAGGUCACAACAAACGAUAUUGGUCAAGAAUUUGCCAUAUCCAACCUCAACACAGGAGCUGAGGAGUGAAUUCGAGCAAUUUGGUGGACAGAUACUCAAAGUUCUUAUGCCGCCUACAGGCACAAUUGCUAUAGUUCAUUUUGCCAGUAUUCCCGAAGGCAAAACCGCCUUUUCGAAGCUCGCCUAUCGCCGAUUCAAGAACAGCAUAUUCUUCCUCGAGCAAGGCCCGAAGGGGCUCUUCGCUGGCCAAACGAACCCUACGACAAUCACUGCCGAGCCUGUCGGGACGGAGAAACUUUCAGCGGCUGAGCUUCUCGAAGGUAAAAGUACCGACGAACCGGCAGAGUCCAGUUCUAUCUUUGUCAAGAACCUGAGCUUCAACACGACGACUGCCCAUCUACAUGAUGCGUUCAAACAUUUAGACGGGUACAGGUCAUCUUCUGUCAAGACGAAGUCGGACUCCAAGAAGCCCGGUCAAGUACUGAGCAUGGGCUUUGGGUUUGUCUCUUUCAACAGCAAGACCUCCGCCGAAGCCGCGGCCAAGUCCAUGGAUGGCCAAGUGCUGCAUGCUCACAAGCUGGUGGUCCGGACAAGCCAUCGUGGCCAAGAUGCAGCUGAGCAGCGGCGUAAAGAAGACGCAGCCAAGAAAGCUGACAACAAGAGCACAAAACUAAUUCUCAAGAACCUAGCAUUCGAGGUUGGCAAGAAGGACGUCCGCAGCUUGUUGGGCACCUAUGGAACACUCCGCUCCGUGAGGCUACCCAAGAACGCUCAGAACCGGUCAAAGGGCUAUGCAUUCGCCGAGUUCGUGACGAGCCGGGAGGCUGAAAAUGCCUUGAACGCACUUCGGGAUACUCAUCUUCUCGGCAGAAAGCUGGUUCUUGACUUUGCAGAAGCUGAAGAAAUUGAUCCCGAAGAGGUCAUUGCGAAGAUGGCCAAGAAGACUGGUCGUCAAAAUGCAAAGGUCACUUUGCACCAACUCACGGGUGGUGACCGUAAAAAGAUCACGAUAGGAAACGAGGAGGAAGGCGAGGGAGAGUUUUAGCCCAAUAUAGUUCCGUGCUAAUUAUGUGCAAUUGCAGGGGCACGGCCACGUUCCAGUAGGGAUUUAGCUUGCGACAUGCACCCCUUGUUCCUGUUGGUUACCGCGCUGGCCUCUAAAUCCUCCUGGGGUGUCAGUACCCCUC